AUCCUUGGCAAUCACUGGUACAGUCAUCUCUCUAAAAAGCGUUGACGCUCGAUAUCAUUGGAUAUUACUGACUUGGUCAUAUUCGAAAAAAAUUGGAUGCUACACACAGAAUGGUUGCGGAUGAUCACUGGAAGAGGAGUAUCAUAAUCAGUCGAAGGACGUCUUAAAACCGCCGUUCCGCUAUACACACCGUCGAUCUCAAGGUUACAAUCAACAAGAAAAGUUUUUGAAAAAUGAUGACGCUCGGUCUUCCACCUCACAGCUCUAAUUGGGAUAAGGUCGGGGAUGCCUUCUAUCGCAAGGAGGAGAUAUAUCGGAUGUCAUGGCCGGUAAUCGACUUGUCUUUCUAUCGGGUCGUCGGUGCCCCUUUCGCCGGACCUGUGGCCAUGACUUUCGAUACCUCUAAACCGAUUCCAGUCUUAGAUCCCAGUUCCUCUAUGCCAUCCUCCACUCGGCCCCGCAUCCAUGUCUACUCAUGUUCGGGCCAACUCAUCCAUACCGUUGUCUGGGAUCAUCCCUCGAGCCUAGUCUGCUUUGGUUUCACAAACGCCGAAUCCCUGGUCACCGUCUCAUCCAAUGGAUUCUAUCGCCUCUAUCCGAUCUCCUGCAACUCAUCAACUCCGGCUGAUCUCCUUCCUUACACCCAACAUAGCUUGGGCUCGAUCACUGAAGAGAUCGGUGUACUGGAUGCGAUCAUCUGGUCGGAUGGCAUGGUAGUCAUGAGGUCUGAUCUUACCUUUGUUCAAAUCAAAGGCUGGCCGGAGUCUCCCCUCUCAGAGUUCAGUGACCCUGCGGAGAAUCUGAUCAAAGAUCCCAACGAAGGUGUCUCAAACUUCAACCAAAUUGAUCCAUUCUCAACACAACUAGGCUCAGAAAGUCAACCCCACAUCUUCAAUCCAGAUCGAAGCAAUGGAAAGAGAGAAUCGAUCGAUUCCGGUGGUCUCACCGAAAAACCAACAGCUUGGGCCGUCAUUCCACCACAUUCUAGCUCAACAGGGGUCGUACAGAUUCUAGCCUCGCGUCAAGAUUCGAUUGUAGUCAUAGAUCCAAUGGACUCCACUGACCAACGCCUUGCCGCUAAAGGGCCGUUUCUACGGAUCGUUCCGUCGCCUAAUGGGAAAUUCCUUGCCCUUCUGACUGGUCCGGGGAGCCCAAAGCCGUACACAGUAUGGGUCGUCUCAUCCGACUUCUCGCGGGAACUGAGUGAAUUCUCUCUAGUAGAACAGAGCGGACAGGACUUCAUGAACGAUGGCCCACCCACGCAGAUGGUCUGGUGCGGCGGAGAUACAAUCGUGAUUGCCUGGGAAAAAAGUCUGCUUAUGAUCGGCCCAUUCGGCGCAUCACUUAGAUACACCUUUAAUGACUCGAUUCAUCUGGUAACUGAGAUCGAUGGCAUUCGAAUUCUAUCUUUAAGUACAUGCGAGUCCCUAUCCAAGGUGGCUUCCUGUACUAGUAUGGUCUUUACUCCAGGCUCCACCUCACCUGCGGCGAUCUUAUUCGAUGCGAUGGAUCACUUUGAUAAACAUUCUGCACGAGUAGCAGACGAACACAUUCGAAACAUUCGUAAAAAAUUGACCGAGGCCGUCGACGUCUGUGUCCAAGCUGCUGGUCGAGAGUUUGAACCUCGAUGGCAACAACGGCUCAUCAAAGCCGCUGCAUUUGGGAAAGUGUUCCUAGACGUUCAUAACCCUGAGCCUUUUGUCAAGAUGGCCAAGACCCUCAGAGUUCUUAAUGCAGUAAGAGACUAUAAAAUCGGGAUUCCUCUUACAUAUGAACAAUACAUUUCACAUCAUCCCGAUCACCUCAUCUCACGACUGACAGCCAGAUCGCACUACCUCUUGGCCCUACGACUUACAGAAUUCCUGAACCUAUCUCCCGCAGGUGUGCUUCGUCAUUGGGCCCGCAAUCUCAUCUUGAACAUGGAUUCCGCUUCCACAAUUGAUACCUCCAAAUCAGUAACCAGUCCAGCCUCGGUUUGUCGACGGAUCGUCUCCAAGCUCAAAGAUCGACAUGGGGUCAGUCCAGCCGAUAUCGCAGAAAUCGCAUGGUCACUUGGGAAGACCAAACUCUGUACAGAGCUACUUGCCCAUGAGUUGAAACCCACCAAGCAAAUUCCGCUCCUGAUGAGGAUGGACCAAGGAAAGGAAGCACUCCAACAAUCUAUCAAAAGCUUAGACCCAGAUAUGAUCCAGACAGUACUCUGGGAAACUCGUGCUCGAAAGCCACUGGCAGAAUUUUUGUCAGUGGUCGAAAGAAAGGAUGAAGCAAUCAGCACUCUCAGAGUAUGGGCGAAAGCUAGCGUCGAACGGAACUUUAUCAAUGAGAAGGAACCAGUCUCGUCCAAAACUAUCAAUGUGGGAUCCGAUUGGGAAUUGUAUCGAGAUUUUUGCUAUCAAGACGAUCGUCGAACAGAGAGUGGUUGUCUUUCUUUGGAAGAAAGCUACUUAACAUACUGUCCGACUCUGACUUAUACACCAACAGCAGUGACCGAUUGGGAGGCAUUUUUCGCGUUGAAACUCGGCAAGAUUAAGAGUGCUCUCAAGUUUUUCCAGGAAGAUUCAGAACGGGUGUUUGAACAGGGAAUGUUGAACGAAAGUGUGCGGCUACUAGCCUUCCAGAAGACCCUGAUAAUCGAUAUCAUGAAGUCUUAUGGUACGGGUGCGACUGCCUCUUCGAACCAAGCACACGACCAAUUGAAGAAGAAUUUCAUGGAGGCGAUGAUUUCGAACAAGGGACUGACGAUGCCCAGUUUAACAGAGACGAUCAGACAGUGCGUCAAGCUGGGCCUGCGCAAGCAGGCUGACAAGCUUAAAACGGACUUCAAGGUACCUGAGAAACGGUUCUGGUACGUCAAGAUGAAAGCGUUGGUAGAGAUGAAAGAUUGGGACGGAUUAGAGAAUUGGUCGGGGAAGAAGAGUCCGAUCGGAUUCGAGCCAUUUGUGAAUCAUCUUCUUGCAAUGGGAUGUCACCGGGAAGCACUCAGAUACGUACCCAAAUGCGAGGCCCGGAACCGCGUGGAGCUCUACGUCAAGUGCGGCGAAUGGGUGACGGCAGGCGAAGAAUGUGCCGAUCGCGGUGAAACUGCUAAGCUUAUCGAGCUCCGUCAACGCUGUCCUAGUCCUCAUGUCGCUGCGGCCUUGUCUAAAAUGAUCGAAGACCUUGCUGCCUGAUAUCUUUAUUCAACUUCCUAACAACAAAAGACAUUAUUAGUCGAUUUACUUCCUUUCUGAAUAUUGUUAUGCAUCAGGCCGGUUGGAUGUGUUGACAGAGCACACUCCUGGCUCAUCGGAAUUUUCUCAGUCACCUUUUGGAUGUCUGAUGUCACUUUUCUUUUUCUUCUUUUUUUGUGAAGAUGUUGGUUGUUAAUUUAUUUACUCAAGCGUUUAGUCUGUACCCAUUAUUUUUCAUCCUGCGCAACAUUUUACGAAUUUUCAAGAAGUUGCUAGGGCGGGCAGUUGUAGCACUGCUGAUUUGCAAAUCAAAUCAGCCGUCAAACUGGGUUUAAAUC